CGCGAGGUGAGGCGGCCCGGCGCGGCGCGGUGCCCGGUGCGGGCCCCAGGCGAGCGCGGCUAGGCCCUGCGCGGCGGUGGCAGCGCGAGGCCCCGGAGGCGGCCGUGCCGGGCAUGCUGGGCCGCAGCGGCGCGGAAGUGUUUUUGGCAGGUGUGGAGAACUUAUUUUUCUUCCAGGAGUAUUUGGAUAUUUAUAAUAUUUGUGUGCCAUACAGAACAGGAAGAAUGGCCUCAAGCUGAUGUGUAUCUAUCGCAUGUUCCAGGGCCAGACCACAGGACUCUAUGGGCCAGAAGUUCCACUAUGAGACGAGGUGGAUGGAGGAAGCGAGCUGAAAAUGAUGGCUGGGAGAAAUGGGUGUGUUUUAAAAGAAUAAAAAUAAUUAUAUUGCAUUUUCUAGGGUGGGUAUAUGGCUGCCAAGGUCCAAAAAUUGGAGGAACAGUUUCGUUCAGAUGCUGCUCUGCAGAAGGAUGGAAGUUCAUCUACAAUUUUUAGUGGAGUUGCCAUCUAUGUUAAUGGAUAUACAGAUCCUUCUGCUGAGGAAUUGAGAAAAUUAAUGAUGUUGCACGGAGGACAGUAUCAUGUUUAUUAUUCUAGAUCCAAAACAACACACAUUAUUGCCACAAAUCUUCCCAAUGCCAAAAUUAAAGAAUUAAAAGGAGAAAAAGUAAUUCGACCAGAAUGGAUUGUGGAGAGCAUCAAGGCUGGACGGCUUUUGUCCUGCAUUCCCUAUCAGUUGUACAGCAAGCAAUCGAAUGCACAGAAGGGUCUCAGCUUCAAUCCUGUGUGCAAACCAGGGGAUCCUGUGCCCGGUCCAAGCAAUAUAACCAAGCAGUUCACCAACAGGGUAAAUCACAUAAUUAAGAAGAUUGAGACAGAAAAUGAAGUCAAAGUCAAUGGAAUGAACAUUUGGAAUGAAGAAGACGCAGGUGAUGAUUUUAAUUUUGUGGAGCUGGAGCAGAUUUCUCCAGGAAAGAAACAAAAUGGAAUUCCGCAUCCCAGAGAUAGCACUGCUAUUUUUAAUGGACAUGCUCACAGUUCGAAUGGUGCCUUAAAGACACAGGAUUGUGCGGUGCUCUCGGGUGCCGGCGCUGCCAGCAGGCUUUCUCCAGACCUCACCCCAGAAGAGGAGAAGGCUGAGAGAAGCAGCGCCAACCUCAGAGACUGCAGCACGCCCCCAUCCCAGCACAGCGCCAGUCACCCAGAUGUUCCUCGGAAUCCAUACAGAACUCACUCCUUCCCGUUAGCAUCUUUGCACAGUAACUCUAAGCUAAACGGUGCUCACCACUCCACGGUUCAGGGGCCUUCAAGCACAAAAAGCACUUCUGUAGUACCUGCUGCCAGCAAGGCAGCCCCUUCAGUGCCAUCCAAACCUUCAGACUACAAUUUCAUUUCGGACUUCUAUUCCCGUUCAAGACUGCAUCACAUAUCAACUUGGAAGUGUGAACUGACCGAGUUUGUCAAUGCCCUACAAAGAAAGAGUAGUGGUAUCUUUCCAGGAAGGGAAAAGUUAAAAAAAAUGAAAACAGGCAGGUCUUCACUUGUUGUAACUGACACAGGAAAUAUGUCAGUAUUGAGUUCACCCAGACAUCAGAGCUGUAUAAUGCAUGUUGAUAUGGAUUGCUUCUUUGUAUCAGUGGGUAUACGAAAUAGACCAGAUCUCAAAGGAAAACCAGUGGCUGUUACAAGUAACAAAGGAACAGGGAGGGCACCUUUGCGUCCUGGUACCAACCCCCAGUUGGAGUGGCAGUAUUACCAGAAUAAAAUCCUGAAAGGCAAAGCAGCAGAGAUACCAGACUCAUCAAUGUGGGAGAAUCAAGAUUCAGCACAAAUAAAUGGCAUAGAUUCUGUUUUGUCAAAGGCUGAAAUUGCAUCUUGUAGUUACGAAGCCAGACAAGUUGGCAUUAAGAAUGGAAUGUUCUUUGGGCAAGCUAAGCAGCUUUGUCCAAAUCUUCAGGCUGUUCCAUAUGAUUUUCAUGCAUAUAAGGAAGUUGCACGAAGGAUGUAUGAAACAUUGGCAAGCUAUACACAUAACAUCGAAGCUGUCAGUUGUGAUGAAGCGUUGGUAGAUAUCACAGAAAUCCUUGCAGAGACCAGACUUACUCCUGAUGAGUUUGCAAAUGCUGUACGAAUGGAGAUUAAAGACCAGACUAAAUGUGCUGCCUCUGUUGGGAUUGGUUCUAAUAUCCUCCUGGCCAGAAUGGCAACUAGAAAAGCAAAACCCGAUGGCCAAUAUCAUUUAAAACCAGAAGAAGUAGAUGAUUUCAUUAGAGGCCAGCUAGUUACUAAUCUACCAGGAGUCGGACGUUCGAUGGAAUCCAAGUUGGCAUCUUUGGGAAUUAAAACUUGUGGAGAUUUGCAGUAUAUGACCAUGGCAAAACUUCAAAAAGAAUUUGGUCCUAAAACAGGUCAGAUGCUGUAUAGGUUCUGCCGUGGUUUGGAUGACAGACCAGUUCGAACUGAAAAAGAAAGAAAAUCUAUUUCAGCUGAAAUCAACUAUGGAAUAAGAUUCACACAGCCAAAAGAAGCAGAAGCUUUUCUUCUGAAUCUUUCAGAAGAAAUUCAACGACGACUUGAAACUGCUAGCAUGAAGGGCAAACGUCUGACCCUCAAAAUCAUGGUCCGGAAGCCGGGAGCCCCUGUAGAAACUGCAAAAUUUGGAGGCCAUGGAAUUUGUGACAACAUAACCAGGACCGUAACUCUUGAUCAGGCAACAGAUAAUGCAACAAUCAUUGGAAAAGCCACACUAAACAUGUUUCAUACAAUGAAAUUAAAUAUAUCAGAUAUGAGAGGGGUUGGGAUUCAAGUGAAUCAACUGGUUCCAAAUAAUAUGAACCCUUCCUUGGGUCGCCCAUCCAUUGCCUCAAACCACUUUCCUGGGGGAUCACAUUCUGUCCUUGACUUGUUCCAUGUUCAGAAAGCUAAGAAGUCUGCAGAGGAGGAGCACAAGGAAGUAUUUCUAGCUGCUAUGGAUUUGGAAAUAUCAUCUGCUUCUAGAACUUGCACUUUCCUGCCAUCCUUUUCUACACAUCUGACAUCAAAUAUCAGUCCUUUUAGUAGCAAAGCUGAGUCUUCAGGGAAAUGGAAUGGUCUACAUUCUCCCAUCAGUUUAAAAUCAAGACUUAACCUGAGUAUAGAGGUUCCAUCACCUUCUCAGCUUGACCAGUCUGUUCUAGAAGCCCUUCCACCUGACCUCCGGGAACAAAUAGAACAAGCUUGUGCUAUUCAGCAAGGAGAACUGCAUGGUGACAAAAAGAAAGAACCAGUAAAUGGCUGUAGUACAGGAAUUUUGCCACAAACAGUUGGGACAGUUUUGUUACAAAUACCAGAGCCUCCAGACACAAACAGUGACACAGGAAUCAAUGUGAUAGCCCUUCCAGCAUUUUCACAGGUGGACCCAGAGGUGUUUGCUGCUCUUCCGCCUGAGCUUCAGAGGGAGCUGAAAGCAGCAUAUGAUCAGAGACAGAGGCAAGGAGAAAACACUGCUCACCAGCCGACAGCAGGCACGUCUGUGCCUAAAAAUCCAUUACUUCAGCUAAAACCAGCAACAAUGAAAGAGAAGAAAAGAAACAAGAAAAAGAAUCCCAUCAGUCCUUCAAAAAGGGUUCAGAGUCCUUUGAAAAACAAGAUGCUUAAUAGUCCUGCAAAACUUCUGCCUGGGGCACAUGAGAGUCCUCAGAAGUUAAUUGAUGGAUUUCUAAAACACGAGGUUCCAGUAUCUGAGAAACCUCUGGAAGAGCCUUCUGCCUCCACAUCAGGUGUGCUAAGUCUUUGUGACAUGCAACCUAAUCCUUCCAGCUGUGUGAGACCCCUGCCACCCAACCUAGCUGGAGCUGUAGAAUUCAGUGAUGUGAAGACCUUGCUCAAGGAAUGGAUAACUACUAUUUCAGAUCCAAUGGAAGAAGACAUCCUUCAAGUUGUGAAAUACUGUACUGAUCUAAUAGAAGAAAAAGAUCUGGAGAAACUGGAUCUAGUCAUAAAGUACAUGAAGAGGUUGAUGCAGCAGUCGGUGGAAUCGGUUUGGAAUAUGGCAUUUGACUUUAUUCUUGACAAUGUUCAGGUGGUUUUACAACAAACUUAUGGAAGCACAUUAAAAGUUACAUAGUCAGGGAGCCUGGUUCUUUCUGCUAGCUGUGCCAUAAGUGCUUGUGAGGUAUUUGCAAAGUGCAUGAUAGUAAUGCUCUGAGUUUUUUUAUAUUUAAUUUCUUUUUAAGCAAGUGUUUUGUACAUUUCUUUUUAAUAAGUGCCAAAUUUGUCAGUAUUGCAUGUAAAUAAUUGUGUUAAUUCUUUUACUGUAGUAUAGAUUCUAUUUACAAAAAUGUUUGUUUAUAAAGUUUUAUGGAUUUUUACAGUGAAGUGUUUACAGUUGUUUAAUAAAGAACUGUAUGUA